AUGUCUUCACCAAAGCCCGUCAUCAGCGUCCUAGGCUCUCUCAACAUCGAUCUCGUCUCCUACGUCCCCCAUCACCCCCUCCCAGGCGAAACCAUAACAUCCAACCAAUUCAAUGUCUUUCCCGGAGGUAAAGGCGCCAACCAAGCUGUCGCCUGCGCAAAGCUCUCUCGCACAUCUGACCUGAAAGACUCGAGCGUCGAUGUAGUCAUGAUUGGAGCCAUCGGAGCAGAUGCAUACGGCACUACACUACUAGACAGUCUCAAGUCAUACGAUGUGGGAACUGAUUCAAUCAUCGUGAAUAAAGAUGGUCAGAGCGGCAUUGCUAUGAUCAUCGUUGAUGAACCAACUGGCCAGAAUCGGAUUAUCUUAUCGCCUGGAGCAAACAAUUCUCUGAAGCCGAGCCAGUUUGAGAGAAUUCCCGGACCGACACCUGCGUUGCUUAUUAUGCAGCUUGAAAUCCCCCUUGAAACUGUCAUUCAAGCUUUUGAAGCGGCAAAGGCUAUGGGUACACCGGUGCUUCUAAACCCUGCGCCUGCUCAGACGCUACCUGAGGAGAUUUACCAAGGACUUGCGCAUCUCAUUCUGAACGAGACGGAAGCAGCUCUGUUGUCAAACAAGGAUGAGUCUGAGUUUGAGAGCACUGCUGUGGUGGAGCAAGCUGCAGCCGACUUCCUUGCUAAGGGUGUUCGCAACGUCGUUAUUACGCUGGGAGGAAGAGGAGCUUACUACGCCAAUGACACCGGUGCCAAGGGUUUUAUUCCCGCUCAAAAGGUCAAUGUCGUCGAUACAACAGCCGCUGGCGACACUUUCAUUGGUUCAUACGCAGUCAAGGUGGCACUAUCCGAGACAUUCGACAUCGAAAAGGCCGUCCGAUCAGGCAUUCGCGCUUCAUCAUAUACAGUCGCAAGAAGAGGAGCACAAGUAUCCAUCCCAUGGAAGAACGAACUAGAAUAA